AUGGCCGCCAAAUAUGUCGACAAUGAAAUGAAGCGAAAUUUACGUUAUUCCGAUAUUCAGAAUGAGCCGAAAAAAAUGCUGCUGCCAGUGGCCGGCUAUCAGAACAUGCCGCUAAUAUCAUUAGAACUAGCUGUUAAACCACUGGAACAUCUAAUGCCUCAAAUACAACAACACGUAUGGAUAGCCAAACAAAACUGUCAAGAACCCACAGCCGAUGGUUUGACCGAAGAUGAAUCGGCUUCUAUUCAACUGUACACAAUGGAAUGGGAACCGAGUAGUCAGUGUUUGUACUAUUUGUUAAAUCAAACUUUACGAUCGGAAGAUCGACAACAAUUAAAACCAUGGUUCUCGUAUUUGAAACUUCUUUUAACUGCCCUCUACAAAUUACCGUCUGUGAAAUGUGUUGUCUGGCGUGGGAUAAAAACGGAUUUAAGUGAUGAAUACUUGAAAGUAAAACCAUUCGUUUGGUGGGGAAUGAGUUCUUGUACGGAUUCACUCGAAAUAAUGGAAUCCGAACAGUUUCUCGGCAAGACUGGAACACGCACAUUGUUUAACAUUGAAUGUGAAAAUGGCAAAAUAAUCAAGCCCCAUUCAUAUUAUAAAGCAGAAAAUGAAAUUCUUCUUUUACCAGCAACACAAUUUAAAGUUUUAGGGAAAACUAAUGCUGGUAAUGGUUUACAUAUUGUUCAUGUUAGAGAAAUACUGCCACCAUACGUGCUAUUGCAAACACCCUUUGUGAACGACGGUUUGACAUCUUCGACAGUUACCGCUCUAACUGCUUCCUCGACGGUGUUGAAACAACGUUUAGUUAAAUGCGUGAUAGUCGGAGAUGGUGCUGUGGGUAAAACCGUGCUAUUACAAACAUAUUUGACAAAUUUGUAUCCCGAUUUAUUAGUGCCCACGGUAUUUGAACAACAUACAAUUGAUAUUAUAAUAGACGGUGAAUCAGUUGGACUACAUUUGGUCGACACGUGGUUACCAGAAGUGCAAUAUUUUUGUUCCAGAGUUCCCAUUAUAUUGAUUGGUACCAAAAUAGAUUUACGCGAUAAUAGACCACUUGGAGAAGAAAACUUGUGCAAAGACAGAUCAGCACCGAUAACGCAAUUAGAAGGUGAAGCACUGAGAAAACAAAUCGGUGCAGUUAAAUAUUAUGAAUGUUCAGCUAAAACAAAAACUGGCUUAUCUAUAAUAUUCGAAGGGGCGAUUCUUAAUCCCAAAGUGCCACAAGUUAUUGAUUAUUUAAAUGGUUUUGGCUUUCAGCAAAGGAAACAUGCUUGA